GACCAGAGUAAAAAGUAAAAACCCACCGCUCUCUCACUGCUCUGCUUCCUCGGAUCGUUCGAUCGAUCGCUCAUUCGCUUGCUUGCUUCGAGAGAGCGGGAGAGGUCGGUGCAGUGGUCGUUGGAGGAGGAGAAGGCGGCGGAGGUGGUGGAGGAAGAUGGCGGGAGGAGGAGAUCAUUCCUGCUGCGGUGCGAAGUUCUGGGUGUACUUGAUGGUAGCCGUGGGAUUGGUCUUGUUCGCCGGCCUCAUGUCCGGCCUCACCCUUGGCCUUAUGUCCCUCAGCCUCGUCGACCUCGAGGUCCUCGUCAAGGCCGGUCAGCCCAAGGAUCGCCGAAACGCCGCCAAGAUCCUGCCCGUGGUGAAGAAUCAGCACCUCCUGCUCUGCACGCUGCUGAUCGGGAACUCCCUCGCCAUGGAGGCGCUGCCCAUAUUUCUCGAUGCUCUCGUUCCGGCUUGGGGGGCCAUCCUGAUAUCGGUAACUCUUAUCCUGGCUUUCGGCGAGAUACUUCCUCAAUCUGUGUGCUCGCGCUAUGGCUUGAGCGUGGGAGCUAAAACAGCAGGAGUUGUUCGCGUGCUUCUUUUGAUCUUCUUUCCUGUAGCUUAUCCCAUCAGCAAGUUAUUGGACUGGCUUUUAGGCAAGGGGCAUUUUGCACUUAUGAGAAGGGCUGAACUGAAGACACUAGUUGAUAUGCAUGGAAAUGAGGCAGGGAAGGGCGGUGAACUGACUCAUGAUGAAACAACUAUUAUUACUGGUGCUUUGGAGUUGACUCAAAAGGCUGCUAAAGAUGCAAUGACACCGAUAUCAGAAACUUUUUCACUUGACAUAAAUUCUAAACUGGACAUGCUCACUCUAGGUUUAAUCAUGACAAAAGGCCAUAGUCGUGUACCAAUUUACUCUGGCAGCCCAACAAACAUUAUUGGCCUUAUCUUGGUUAAGAAUUUGAUUACUUGCCGGCCUGAAGAUGAAGUUCCUAUAAGAAAUGUUACUAUACGAUGGAUUCCCAGGGUCUUCGGUGAUGAUCCUCUCUAUGACAUACUGAAUCAAUUCCAGCAAGGGCAUAGUCAUAUGGCAGUGGUUGUUAAACGCAUAAAAGACAAUGACUUGCCUGCUGAGAAGAACAAAUCUACUAUGCCAGACAGCAUAAUGGAUCAGAGCAGGAAUCAAAAUGACAUCCAUGGCGAUGGAUCCCAAACAGUUAUGUCUGAUCAUUUGAGUAGCACUAUCAAUGCAUCUCCUGUGAGUAAUAAUAUUCAGCAAUUUCAUAGUCCUGCAAAGAGAAGCAACAUGGAGAAACGUGGGGAUGCACGCGCACAGGGCAAGAAAUCUGAACGAGGACGGCAUGCCAAUAUUCUUGAUGUUAAUGCGGACACUCUUCCAAGCUAUUCAUUAGACGAAGAAGUAGUUGGAAUUAUAACAAUGGAAGAUGUUAUGGAGGAACUACUACAGGAAGAAAUAUUGGAUGAGACGGAUGAGUAUGUUGAUGUCCACAACAAGAUUAAGAUAAACAUGUUACCUACGAGAAGGUCAUCGCUUUCUCAGUUCAUCCGUCGAACUCCAACGGCCUCUCCUCUAUCUCCAUGCCAUGAGUCUUCUGUACUACGUUCACCUGUUCCUCAGCACGCUCAAAUACCUGUUCCAACACCAACCACUCUGAAUUCUCCUGGAAAGUCAGUACCAAGUUCACCUUCUCAUCUUACAAGUCAUGGUCGGAGUUCACCCGCUACUUAUCUAGUGUCAAGAAAAUCAUACGAGAAGCUGGACAAAAAUGGAGAGAGCAACGUCUGAUAGUCCUUGGGUAAAACACAAGGUAAUCAUCAUAAUCCUCUACUGAAACCACAAACUGGUAGCACAAAGUUAUAGAUUUUUCUUCAUCAAUCUGACUACAUAAUUAAUUGUAUCUUAUAAACAAAAUGUAUCUUGUAUAUUAGUUGGAAAAAAAUAGUGUUUUUCGAAGGGAUGUGUGUUCAUAUGUAUUUUCAAGCUGCAACAAUCAGUAAUGUUUCUAAAGAGAUUGCUUUUGGUUGAUUGUAA